UAAACAAUGCGUACGUUACUAACGCCGCUGCUAACUUGGGUUAAUUUCACAAAAUUUGCAAAAAGUUAUAUUAUUCUUCAGAUUUCUAAUAAAUAACGGUACGUUGAUAACUUAUAAUUAGAAAUGAAAGCAAAAAGUUAAUGUGGAAAACGGGUUUUAAAAAAUAUUGAUUGCCGUUUUUUAUUGCAAAUAUUUAUUAAAUAUUUUUGUUGAGUAUAGUAUCAUAGUACUUAUAAUUUGGUUACAAACUUAAGUGAAUUAACAUUUUAUUGAAAAAUUAUAAUUAUUGAAAAAUAUUAUGUUUGCGUCAAAUGUGGAUGGAAAAAAAUAAAUAAAAAGACUACAAUGCAAUAGAUCCGCCCACUUAGGGUCUGUAGCAAAAAUAUAUGUUUAUGGUUCAGCAAUUAAUUCAAUAACACACGAAAUGAUGGUUAAUAUCAGCGUUAACCUUUAAUAACUUUUUGCUCAAUGUAACAUUUAUUUUUAGUUAGGGACCAACAAAACUUAAAAUGCUCGGUGAGCCGAUAGAUGUAUCCGGAAGUGUACAUAUAGAAUUGUAAACAUUUAUCAUUUAGAUUGUUGAAGGCGUUUCGAACUGCCUUUUUCAAAGUUGCAUAAAAGAAAAAUAGACAUUUACUGUAAUCGCUGUCGCUUCUCUCUUGGAUCGCAUAUCGCCCAAACAGUUCACAAUACGAGCAAGGUGAAGCAACGAGUUGAAAGGGCAGCCCUGUUCGAUAUAAGAGAAGCACAUCCUUGCGAUCCGUACAACCACUCCGGCAUCAGACCAAACACCAGCUUACCGCACAUCUCUCGAUAUGUCUUCAGUGUUUCUUCUAAUCUCCGCUGUUCUGGUGACGCUAGCGUCAAGUGCGCGGCUCGACCACCUCACCGGCUUCGGUGGCGGCGGCGGCUUCAGCGGUGCCGGAGCAUACAGCGGCCCUCCAGCACAUUUCGAGAACGUCAACAACGGAGACGGCACUUAUCGAUUCAGCUAUGACACUCCUACUGGUAUAUCAGCGCAUGAGAGUGGGUCGCCACGCGCGUCGGGUCCUGAGGGUCCCGCGGUGACGGCGGAGGGCGGGUUCUCGUACCGCGCACCCGACGGUCAGCAGAUCUCCCUCUCCUACACCGCUGACGAGAACGGCUUCCACCCCACCGGCUCGCACAUCCCCACGCCCCCGCCCAUCCCAGAGGCGAUCCUGCGCUCUCUGGAGUACAACAGGCAGCAUCCAUCGUCAGACAACGGAGCUUAUAACGCCGGACGAAACUACCGAUAUUGAUCACAAUACUCGAAAAUUGUACAAAGCAUACCUCAAAGCCAUGGACUGUGAUAUCGUCGCGAACGUUAUUAUUAAUUUAUUAAACGUAAAUAUAUUUAUAUAGCUUAAUAAAUGUGCUGCUUACUUUUCGUGAUCCGGUUUUCUUUAGUGAAACUAAAGUGUGCACAAAAAAUAAUAAAAAAAAAUAAGAACUAACGAAAA